CAGCCACAGAAAUCAGGACCACGCAUGGGAGGGAUCAGUGGGAGCGACCCACGUUUGGUAGGAAUGUACAAAGAAACUUGUGGACUCCCUGUAACAGUUGGAAGGGACCUUGGAGGUGGGAGACCGUAUACCAGGGCUGUACUUUCAAGGCGGUGCCACCUACGGACGGGCGCACAGGUAAACGAAACCCUGGAAGCUGGCUGGGACCCAAUUGGACCUGGGCAGGGGUCAGCCGGCUCGGAGGUCGAUGCAAGAAGGCGUCGAAAGGUAGACUUCCACCUGCUUGCUUAGGAAGACACCAGGGGACCAGCGCUCACCUGCGGACACUCCUUGUCAAACUAAAGGUCUUCUGCUCCGGGGAGAAGAUGGCGUGGCUGACCCACUUCCUGGCCUGCGUCUUUGGCACCGGUUCCUGGAUGGCCAUCAACGGCGUGUGGGUUGAGCUUCUCCUGGUGACCGAAUUGCCCGAAGGCUGGUAUCUCCCUUCCUACCUCACCAUCAUCAUCCAACUGGCCAACAUCGGCCCUCUCUUUGUCACUCUCAUGCACAAACUGAAACCUGGUUUAUUGAAGGAGGUCCCGGUGAUUUGCGUGGUGGUCUCCACGGGCAUCCUAGCUUGUUUCCUCCUGGCUUUCCUUUGGCAUUACACCACGCCGAUCGCUGGAGAACCUCAUAGCGUGGCUUUCUUCGUCUUGACGUUCUUCCUCUCCUUGGUGGACUGCACCUCGUCCGUCACCUUCCUGCCCUUCAUGGUGCACUUCCAUCCUCGGUACGUCCCCACUCUCUUCAUCGGGGAAGGACUCAGUGGGUUCAUCCCCGCUCUCUUCGCCCUGGCCCAGGCUGGCAUUGCCACCUGCGUCCAGAUCCCAGGGCCAACCUCCAAUGCCAGCGUGGGCAACUCUUCGUGGGUCAACGCAACGGAGCUGAUGGAAACGCGCUACUCCCCAGCCAACUUCUCCAGCUUGGUUUUCUUCCUCAUCCUCUCGGCCAUGAUGUUCUUCUGUCUCGUGGCUUUCCUCUUCCUCAACCGGCAGCCCAAGUCAUGGGAGCUUUCCAAGGAGAAUUUAUGCUCCAGCGAGAUCACCCUCAACUCAAUCCAGAAGAUGCCUACAGGGAAAGAGGAACCGGCCAACUUGAGAGGGGGCCCAACCUACUCUACGGAGAGAAAGCUGGAGAACGUCAACGAAGAUGACAAAGGGGCCGAGAAGGUCACGUAUACCUGCUCCAAAUUUGUCCUCAUCUACUUCAUGGUCGCUUGGCUGAAUGCCCUGACCAACGGCAUCCUUCCCUCCGUGCAAAGCUACUCCUGCUUGCCUUACGGCAACCUGGCGUACCAUCUGGCAGCUACCUUGAGCUCCAUGGCCAACCCUCUUGCCUGCAUCGUGGUCACCUUCCUACCCAACAGGUCCCUUCUGUUCCUGUGGAUCCUGACCGCUGCAGGAACGGCCUUUGGGGUCUACAAUAUGGCCAUGGCUGUGCAGCCCUGCCCCCUCUUGCAGCACUCCGACUGGGGAGAUGCCCUGAUUGUGAUCUCCUGGGUAUGCUUCACCGGAACCCUCACCUACGUCAAGGUGAUGCUUGGAAUGAUUCUACGUAGCUGCAGCCACAACGCCCUGGUCUGGUACGGCGCGGUGGAGCAGCUGGGGUCUCUGCUAGGAGCUCUGCUGAUGUUCCCCUUGGUGAAUGUCUACCACUUCUUCAAGUCGGCUGACUUCUGCAGCUUCCAGUGCCCGGUGUGACGUGCCAGGAUCCGAGCAGUGGCUCUGCCAAGCAUGCCAACCACGUGCCUUACGGGAAAUGUCUUCCAGAAAUAGUCAAAAAUAGUCUUUUUGGACCAAAAGAAGGCAAGGGUUGGAGAGUUUAGCAAGUCAAGGAGGAAGUCUACAAAGGACCACAUCUUUAGAGUCAACAGCAGGCCAGGGAGCGUUCCUGAGUUUUGGCUCAACCCAUAUUAAUUUUGGGGGGGUGGUCCUUAAAGUAGGGCGGAUGCAGCUCGGCUGAGAAAAAUCUGGGUGAGCCUCAGACGUCUGCAGAACUUAUAACUUUGCUGCCAUCUUCUGUUUGUUUGGACUUUGGCACCCCAGAUCAGACAGCCGUGCUUAAGAAUAAACCAACUUUCAUUG